CACACCCCAUCAUUAACCGAGAGAGCGGACAGCGAGAUGUGACCUGAAUCCGUUUAUUGAAUGACGGUACCUAUCACUGUACGUAACGAGUAGUCUUGACAAGGAACUCACCGGCGCGCCGCAGCUGCUCAGCGUCUUUACAUCUUUUUCUCCUCACCUUUACCCCAUGUCCUCUACUCGUGCUCCGAGCCGCCUCCCACUGACUACCCUGAGUCACUGGGCCAAUAGUGGUCAUGUAAAUCCGGGAACUCCAACACACAGCAGUAAGCCUCCCAAAACACCUGCACCAAUAUAUCGACAUGCUGCCCCGUCUGGACCUUGGCCAUGGAUGGACCUCGAGUCCGACACUACUUUAGAGACGGAACCUGUUUCCCCACUGUCAAGACGGUCGGCGGAACAAUGGAAGUGGAGGGAAUAUCCUCAAUGUUUAUUCGGGAACUGGGUCGCCGAUCGAGUUGCACGGUGUAAGAUGGUCGAAAAUUGUUCCAAGGAUCCUCGAGAAAAAUGCAAGAUCUAUUGUGUCGAUGUGCUUGAAACAGGAAUAUUCAAGGCUCAGGAUACCAAUCCACCCAUUGAUGUCGAUGAACACGCUUUUAGUUUAAGUCAACUUUGGAAUCAUUUACAGAUCGAGUCGACAGGACUCCGUCUCAGGGUAUUGCUUGUCGACAAUAUGAAGCACCCCGUACUUCAGAUGCUGGGCACAAGGUACAACAUCGAACCAUUCUUUUUCACGUCUUCAUCAAACUGGAUCCCUUCUCGAUACCAAGAAGAAGUUGUCAAGAAAAAAGGUGAUCACAUUACGGUUACGCUUUUGUUCGUACGCACUGUACCAUGGGAGAUGUCUGCAGCGUCCUCGCAAAACAAGCACAUUUCCGACAGUGAGAGGGCUAUAGACACGCAAGAGUCACUUCGUCUUCGCUCUGUCCGCUCGUCAGCGGAAAAGUACCUUCUUCAAGAUCUGCUUGCUCUGCACAUGAUAAGAACAUCUGACUCCAGUGGCAGUACUAUCAUAUCUUACCACCCAAGUGCUCAGUGGAAACGGACAACCGGAGAGCGAUUGAAAAAUCUGGUCCACAAAGUGGGAGAGAGCGUGUAUUGGCAAAAGAUAUUCGAACAGUCUAAAGAUCCAACAUUUGUCUUCUUGGCUAUCCUUUGGUAUGCGCUUUAUGCCUGGGACGAAUCCUUGGACCAUCUGUACACCCACAUGAACUGGCUGGAAACAAACGUGCUAUUGACGAACGAUAGCCACCUCACGACUGAGUUGCACACUAUCCAGGCUCAACUCCUCCAUUAUGCUUCACUUCUCGAGGAUUUCCGAAAAUCUGUGAAUUUUGUCAGGAACACACCGAGUCCUGUUUUGGAGUCCCGCGAAUUCACUGAUCAGUCCCGAAGGGACACGAAUAAACUGAUGCGAAAGGAAUGCGACAAUCUCCUUUCGGAAAUUGAUAGGCUGGGCUUUCAGUUGAAAAAUAUCACUGACCUGGCUAAAGCGACCGUGAACUUUGUUGACAGUCGACGGAUGCAAGAUCUGACAACAGCAACAGUCCGUGAUUCGGCUGCUAUGAAACAGAUUUCCUACCUGACAAUGAUUUUCCUCCCUGCGAGCUUCAUCGCGUCGGUAUUUGGAAUGAAUGUCAGGGAAAUUAUCGGCGGUGCCACGGAAACCCUGGCCCAUUAUGCGGUGGUUUCUGUUACAUUUACCGUGUUCACUGCGUGGUUCGUAGUCGCAUUCCAAUCCCACUCACCGUUCCACGAGCCAGGAGUUGGGUUUUGGCGGCGGCUUGCAUGGCCGUUUACAUACGUUAUGAGACCCACAGGCCUGCGGCAAUCGCUCAGAAGCCAGCCCGCUGGAGCUAUGUAGGCAGACUUUAACACUUGGACACCUUUUCCCCUCUAUAUCAACUCACGGCAAUGUACGGUGGCUUAACGAUUACGAUUACGGGACGAAACCUUGGUUUUUUUAGAUCUAGACUUGACGAUUGCUUUCUUUCACGACUUAAUACAUGUUUAUGCAGAUAUACGCAGUUUAGCUCCAAUUUUACGCUUUUCACGUUU